AUUAACCUGCGGUGGUGAGGUGCCAGUCAGUCACAGGUUCAUCUUCUGGAAGCUGAGCGGUCCACGUGGCGAGACGACAGACAUCGCCAGCUGCUACUUUGAUGAACAGUGUGAAAUCUUCGAGAGCCAGUCCUUGUACAAGCUAGUGACAAACUCCACAACAGACACGUUCUCCAGCCAACUGACCAUCACGUCCUUACACACCUCCAUGAGCAGACACACACUCAUGUGUCAGGUCAAGGACACAUCAACCAGCACAGUAACCACGCCCAGCCAAUGCGUCAUCCAGACGUACACGCCCCCUGUGUCCGCCAGCUGUCAAUCAAACGUUCUUCCAUAUAAAGUAUACAUCAGCUGCACCAUCGUGAAUGUUUACCCAGAUGUUGCAUGUUUCCUACACGAAGAUCAAAGCAUCACUGGGAAUAUGAUAACCAUGACGUCAUCAAAACGUCAGCUCACACACGGAUCCCUCCCGUCUUACACCGUUAAGUGUACUCACACCGCUGUGCUAGAACCUAACCAAAACUACACCUACAAAGUUUCGUUUGCUCCCAAAUCGAACUCACCCGACCAUCAAAUCCCCAAGUACGAUACCCCGGUCAUCAACUACAGUGUACCGUAUGUAGAGAAACCUUCAGUCAAACUUUCAAUCGAUAGAUCAGUGUCAGCUUGCCUGAAAGGUAAAACUCUCCCCACAGUCGCAAAGUGCCAUGUCCUUAAGGUGCCAACAGUCCCGGUGGUCAAGAUGUAUUUUGACGAGAAGGACAUCCGGAUAAAAAGUUUUGACAAAACUAAAACACACAAGCUGUUUAACGCUUACACGACGUUUGAACACAUGCUGACCGCUGAGAAUAAUGUGAGAAAUUUCACGUGUGUUGUGACCUACAAAUAUCGCGGCAAGAUACACACCAUGACAGAAUCAACACACGUUGAUCUUGACGAGCCCCCAAUAUUUAAAAAUGAAAACGAUGAAUUAAACACCACGUUAAUAGCGCUGGGCGGCGGCACGUCUAGACUAACCUGCGCCGUUAAAAAACUUAAAACCAAACACAAGAUUCUGCUCACGGCGACCUGCUACGGACAAGACAAACAGGUCAUCAUGACAAACACAUCUCAAGGUCAUGAGGUGCAUUUUAAUGUUACCUUAAACAACACGUAUUGCGCAUGCGUUAUGUCAGACAAAACUUACUGCUACAGCAGAACGGCCAACCUGACAAUCAUAAGCCAAGAAGUACAAACAGCGCAACAAAUUUCAGGGGACAUAACUCUCACUAAACAAGCGGCUUAUCUUAUCACAGCAGGGGUGGUCGGACUUGUAGUUGUCGUAGCCUUGCCUAUAGGUGUGUGGAUGUACCGUCAAAAAAUGUGUCAGCCGUCCGCAGCUAAGCUAAACAACAACCGCAGAAAACGUAACAAAAACACAGCAGUAUUAAUCUAG